CCCACUCCGCCCGGUUCUCCUCCCCGCUCCCUCCAUCCUCUCCCAUGGCGCCGCCCCUCUUCUCCCCACUCGCCUCGGCCGCGUCUUCUCCUCCCCCGCGUCGUCGCCCCCUCCCUCCUCCUCCCCCCUCUCUCCUUCGUCAUCACACGGUUCUUCCGGCCAGUGUCGGGGUGCAGUUGACGGCGGCCUUAGCGGGUGGGCGAUGGCGGCCGCAGCUGAUGCACAAGCUCGCAUCGCCCUGGCGCCGAUCUCGCGCGGCUCCUGCGCCUCGCCACCCUCUUCUCCCCAGCUCAGCAGGAGGUUUGCGAGGCCACCACUUGGGCCGCUGCUGCCUCUUCCACCCAGCAGGAGGAGCACGAGGUGAGCAGCAACAACGGGGACAGGCGACCUCGGGGAGAGUUUGCGGAGGGGCGCAUAUCAGAUCCUUUCUGAAUCCGAUGGUGUCAAUCGAGCCACAAAGGGGAAGUGAGUUGGAGAUGAGAUGGGGACAGAAGGUCCUGCUCGGCUGGUUCCAAGACCGUGAGGGAAAGGACUUCCUGUUGUCCGCCGGAGGGGAAAGAGCAGAGAUCCGAGAGACGAAGCAACCAGAGGAGACGGAAAACACGACCCCUGUCCUAUGUACCGGCCACAUCCCCCACAGCUUCUGCGAGGACCAGAUGCAAGCAGCUUGGGGUUAUUAAGAAGAGGGUCAGUAUUGCCCAGAACCGCAAGGUACUCUAUACUGUGUUACAAGAUAUCUGGUGAUUUGUGUGUGUUUUCUGCAAGCAUCUAACUUGUUGUUUGGUGAUACAUAUGUAGACAGGGAAGUCUAAGCAUUCCGACAGUUAGAAAUACAUUUAUUCCAGUUGCAACAAAACUGUACAUAAUGAUGAAUGAAUAUUAACUAAGUCAUUCACACAAACAAAAAAGUAUUGCAGUUAGAGUGAAUAUCCAAUUAUCAGUUCAUGAAGUGAGACAGAUAAAAAACUGAUUCUUAAACAUGAACAAACAGAUAGAAUCUCGGCAUCUCGCACAACUGCGACACCUUCGCCUUAUUGUUGUUACCUAUUCUUCGUCCUUUCUCAUUAUGCCCCUUGAUUCUCUUUAUCCUACCCCUAGAUCGAAUAUCAUUUGGCGGGUGGAUGUUAACUUCAUUAGUAAUGGUGCAGCCAAGAAAUUCUUCAAACUCUUGUAGUACAGUUUGUUGUUUUGCUGGGACAUUCAGUUUGUUGCUUUCCAUCUCUAGAGAAUUGCACAUCUCCUGACUGUUUAGCCUGAAUUUGCACAUUGAGGAUAUAACAGCUCCCCUUCUCAUUCCAUCUUUAAUACAGAACCUACUCGACAGAACAAAGUCGAGGGAAGAAGUAUGCGAGCUCCGUGAUGACUAACUGAUGAAAAUCACAUUUGAGUGGCCCAGUCGUUUGAUCUACUCCAUUGCCACUGUUCCCCUCGUCACAUCUCUGGCUCUCAGAUUGAGUAACCUAUACCAACGUCUACUGCAAACCUACUAGACAGGAUAAAAUCGAGGAAUAAGUAUAUAUAACUCGUGGGUUAAUCAAGGUGAAUAGAUGAUUUACCUACCUGCAAUCAGCUCUGAAUCAGUUUUUUACCUUUUCUUUUCUGUAGGAAGAUAAGAACAAUAUCCAGUUGGAUCCUCUUCUUUUGUACUAGCUUCUGAGGAGCCAAAAUUAGUACACAACAAUGUCUUUUCAGUUUCGUAGAUUUGGUCAUGAUGACAUCGUAGCGCAUGCAAGGGUGCUUGUGCAACUAUAAGUCAAACUACAAAAAUGUACCUUUCUUUGCUUACUUUCGGGUAUGAAUAGCUCAGCUAAUUUUGGGUGAUUCAGAUUACAGUAUCCAGAUUUAUUGGCUCUAUUUUUAUGCAUCUGAAUUUUUGAUGUGCAAAAAUGUUCCUCAAAAGACAUGAGUUGUUGAGCAUCCUGCUUUGUAGUAGGCUUGAUAAUAUUCCAUUUUUUGGAGUACCCUGCUUUAGAUUUUUCUUGUGUGCCUUGUGCAGCCUUUUCAUUCUAGGCAUCAUUUCCCAUUUGUUUGGGAUCCAAUUCUAAAAAUGCUUGGUAGCGUCUGUUUGGCCUUCUAUUAAUCUCCAGAUGAUAGGUGAGGCAUGCAAGUUCAUUCUCUGGUUUCUUAUGAUGCUUGUAAAACCUACUGCCUAUUAGGAUACCUGAUGAAAUGUGCGCACACUUACAAUUUCGGUUGUUGUGGAGUUAAAUCCUAAAUCAAUUUGAUCAGAUGGAUAUAAAAAAUAGCUUUCAGGCAAGCAGACUAUUCUUUAUUUUAGUACAUAAUAGUAUAGCUAAUUAGCUAUAUACAGUGAGUGCAAAAGCUAUUUGUUCGCCACUUAAGCUUAUAUUCUUCUAUUUUCUUUAGCUGUCAUCCUUUUAUGUUUGCUUUAUGCAAUUGUUGGUUGAUCAAGCUGAGGACUUAUCUGUAGUGCUUGGUUUGUUGUAACAUGUUUCAUUUUGCUAAUAAUAGUACACGUGUGUGUGAUUGCUUCAUCAAUUUUUAGAAACAUUUGUUGCCCAGUAGCUUCCAAAUAGCAGUUUAGCUUUCUUAGAUGGAAUUUAUCUAGAAUUUCACAUCUCCUACACUUAUACCUUUUAACAACUUUUAUGGAAUAUGACUCUCCAAAUUUUGUGCUUGCUCUGAACACUCAAAAUUUGUUCCUUGCUGUUGUGUGCCAUUGCUGUCAUGUUUACUCCAGAAAAAAUGGAAGAACUAUGGAUCAACCAUUUUCAUGGGAUAUUAGAAGUUUUAUGUUGUGAUGUCUUUGAUUUUUGUCUCUCUUCCAGGUUUACAUAAGAGAACCCUUGGUAAGCACUCAAGAAUUUUGUUUUCUGCGCUAUUGACAGCAUUUAGUUUUUUUUUUAAUUUUUAGAAUGAUUCUGAAACUAGGUCACUCCUACUGAUUUUCUCUGGCAGGAUGCUAGGUCAAGGAUGCAGGGUGCGUGAACACUAUGAACGCUUUUAUGUCUCCAGGGAGCAAGGGCUUUGACUCUGUUCACGCUGGUGUGAGCUUAGGUUGUUUGAUCGAUCAUUAUCUUGUAAAUACUCCUCGUUGUAAUAUAUAUGCAAUCCUACUACAUGGUUUGAAAAAAAAAUGAUUCUGAAACUGGGGUUUAGAGCAGUGUACGUGUUGGCCACAACUAAAUCUGAUAAUACAUAGAUUUUUUUUCAAAAUACACAUGGGUUUAGCGGGCCUCUGUGACAUUUGGUGCAACUGGCCUCGACGCUGCCACUUGGAUCCCGCUUACAUUAGCCUUGCGCGUCAUGAUGGUGUCCCUUACCAUAAAUACUUGUCAUGUGGAUUCAAUAGAAAUGAUGUUUUAGGCAUGUUUGAUAGUUAUGAAACUAUUUGGUAUUAG